CGCUGCCAUGUGGUGGCCCACCUGUCAGCUCCCCCCCCUCCCUCCAGUGAGAAGAUCUUCUCUUCUUCGCCGUCGUCCGCCGGAGCGCCGCCGCAGAACGACCGCCAUCUCUCCCCGGCGACCUCGCCGUUGCGUGAGAGGCGGCCGCGCUACGUCUUGCCCGGAGCAGGGAGCGCUACGAGUCACGACGACGUGGGGGAAUAUCGCACGUCGCCGGCUGGUUUGUCAGUCGCGAUGCAGGUGGAGCUCGCUGACCGCGCGGCAGCCCGGCCCAGCGAGACGGGGGAGGCUCCGCCGUCAUCUCCAGCCGCCGCCGCCGCUGCAUCAGCAGCAGCGGAGGACGCGCCGCUCUUGCCAGGUGGAGGUGGGGGUGUGCGGCGGCGGGUGGUGGUGAGCGAGCGGUUCCGGCAGCGCAGCGGAUCCUUCCGGCGGGAGGUCCGCCGCGCGGCCGAGGAGACCUACCUACUCACGCGCCUCACGCUCAUCCUCCUCCGCUACCUCGGGAUAGGCUACAGAUGGAUCAGGCAGUUCCUAGCCCUCUGUUGUUACACCUUCUUGCUCAUGCCAGGUUUCAUUCAAGUUGUAUAUUAUUAUUUCUUCUCGAGCCAAGUUUGUAGAAGUGUUGUAUAUGGAGAACAACCAAGAAACAGGCUGGAUUUAUACAUACCUACCGAUAGAACUGGGUUGAAGCCAGUUGUGGCAUUUGUCACGGGUGGAGCUUGGAUCAUAGGGUACAAAGGGUGGGGGGCCCUUUUGGGCAGGCGCUUGGCAGAGAGGGGCAUCUUAGUUGCAUGCAUUGAUUACAGAAACUUUCCUCAAGGGACUAUUGGUGACAUGGUAGAAGAUGCAUCUCAAGGGAUUGCCUUUGUCUGCAAUAAUAUAGCUAGUUAUGGAGGUGAUCCUGAAAGGAUUUAUCUUGUUGGACAAUCUGCUGGUGCUCAUAUUGCUGCUUGUACUCUCUUACACCAAGCUAUUAAAGAAUCUGGUGAAGGAGAUGCUUCCACUUGGAGCAUUGCACAGCUAAAAGCUUAUUUUGGUAUUUCUGGCGGCUAUAAUCUUCUUAACUUGGUCGAUCAUUUCCAUAAACGUGGCCUGUACCGAUCGAUCUUUCUCAGCAUAAUGGAAGGCGAGGAGUCGUUGCAAAAAUUUUCUCCACUGGUGAUGGUUAAGGACCCAGCUGCUAGGUCUGCAGUAUCUCUAUUACCUCGAAUAUUCCUUUUUCAUGGAACAAGUGACUAUUCAAUACCAUCGGCUGAGAGCGAGGCUUUCUUUGAUGCUUUACAACAGAAUGGCGCUAAAGCAGAUCUGUUCUUGUAUGAUGGAAAGACGCAUACUGACUUGUUCCUUCAGGAUCCUCUCCGGGGUGGUAGGGAUAAGCUGCUCGAAGAGAUUGUUACUGUGAUACACAAUGACAAUCCAGAUACAUCUGCCCAGCAUCUUGCUGUACCUGUUGCACGCCGCCUUGUUCCUGAAUUCAUGCUUAUGCUUGCUGGAAGAGUUAGUCCUUUCUGAUUAUGUUGGCGACCAGUGAUGGCAGCUAUGUAUAUAUUCAAUGCAAGGAUUGAGCCCAGAGAAAUCUGCUGCUCCCGGAUUAGCUAGCAGCUAGUCAGUUAGUGUAGUGUUCCAAUUAAGAUGCCAAAUGUACCCCUUCGUUGAGUAGCUACCCGCCAGUAUGUACAGAUCUUGCCUCAGACGUCUGUCAUUGACUCAUUGUUGUAUUGUAUCUUAAGGUCUAGCUCAUUAUGCUUUAGUAACACAUAACUUGAUAUCUUAUGAAGCUCUGUUUGGACAAGGGUCAAUCUGAGGAGAGAGCUUGUUGUGAAUUGGAAGAAUAUUGUGAAGACAACUGUUCUGACCGAAGAAAAUCGUCAUGAGAUGUCUCCUGCCUUUCUGUAAUUCAGUAGUCAGUAAAUUCAGCUCCCAAUAGAGUUGCUCGCAGUACUGGAAUGGAGGGGUGUUCUGGAAGACGUUUCAUCUGCGCACUUGAAGAUGUCUGUGUGUCUUGUAAAAGAGUGUGUGGCUCAGUUAUUGAUCAAUUAGACAAGAAAACAUUGCAUGCGAAAGGUGAUGCUUCUUGAUCUA